UGCGUGCAAGCAGGAAUGAGCGCUAAGAAUGCGCGGGAGCAUGAAGAGGGGGCUAAGAAUGCUUUGAGGAAGCUCGGCUCUGAGGCUACAAGGAUGAGCAGGGCGCUGCAGCAAGCGGAGGAGGCUGUGAAAUUGGCCGAUGCUGCCGUGGCCGAAUGCAAGGCGGCAGAGGAGGCUGCACAGGCGGCGGGGAUAAUGACGCUUGAUGCCGUUGGGGAGGUGCUGAAGCAUGUGAAGGACGAGAAGACCAAGGUUGGAAGUGGACCGGAGCUGUUGAAGAGGGCGGCGGAGCAGACUGUGCUUUCUCUGGAGAAGGCAAAGGAGGCGGAGGCGGAGUCUGAGAAGGCGGCAGCGGCGGCGCGGAAAACCCUGGAAGCAGCAGAGAAGGCAGCAGCGGCGCGGACCUUGGCACAAGACGUUGCCGCAACGGCCAGUGCGCUGCUGCGGCAGCGGGAGAGGGAGGAGGAGAGACGAAGAGCGAAGGACCGGGAGGCGGCGGAGGCCGCGAAAAAGGCUGCCAUUGCUGAGGUGAUGAAGAAAUUUGCUGCGAAGAAGGGGAAUGACGCGGCGUCUGGCAGGAAUUCCACGGCCACCCGCAUUCAAAGGACGAGACCGCGGGUGGAUGGCGGCGGCAUUCCAUUGCUUUUGCGUGCACCGCUUCUGAUGGUUGCUGCCGUGGCAUCCGUUUUCGGCUUCUUAUUGUGCUAG